UUUUUUUUUGUCAGGCUGUAACUGGUGAUGAAGAUGACGAUGACGAUGAUCCCUGUGGCAAGUGUGCGCUGAGAAGCUGCUCUCUCCUCUCGCAAGAAGAAGUCCUACUUUGUAAAUAAGCUGAGUGAAAUUACCGGGCGGUCGGUGGACAAGGGCAACAAACGACGGCAUCGUGUGAAGACGCGGACUACCAGAGGAGCUCCGCGAACGUCGGUCACCGAGCCUCGACGACUCCUCUCGGGAUUCUUAAACCCUCAGCAACCGCAGUGAGGAUAUAGGACCUAACGACAUUUUUAUAACGCUUUUUCUAAAAAAAAAAAAAAUGCAGUAUAUUUUGUAGGUGACGAGGAAUAGUACUGUAUUUGUGCUCCAUUUUUAAAAAAGAAAGCCGCCAUAGGAGCUGACGAGAUGUUACAUUCGGGCUUCUCUUGAAGAUAUUCACUCAGCAGUUGGGACCAAAAGAAGUGAGGCUCUCCCGGCAGGCGUGUGAAAAGACUGCUGCUUUACUGUGUUAAUAAGGUCUUGAAUGCGUGCUGUUUAUUUGGCUUCGUGAUGGUAUCAAAUGGAUUGUGAUGAAGAUGUAGAGGAUGCUGCAAAAGAAAGGGCGAACAUAAGCUCUUCUCCUGUGGUUUAGUUCGUUUUAUGUGGAAUCAUAAUGUGUUGAGAAUAAAGAAAGGAAAGUAGGAGAAGGUCACUAAUUGGACCUGCAGCUGACCUUCAUAAAACACCUGGAGGACAGAAAGAAAGACGUCUGGCUGACCAGGAUCACUGGAACGAGUGUGAACAAAGAGAGAGAGACGGAGGCUGACAGAGAAGAAAAGGUGUGGAGGAGGUCUAGGAGGAGUGAAAAAAGACAUUCUCCAUGGCUACAGAUCCAGGAGAGCCCACGGGCACAGAGGAAUCGUCUGAGAAACCAGAUGGACAGAGGGAGGAGGACCUGGACCAGGAGGGUCGUUCCAACAGGCAGAGGGACAGGACACACAGCACUCCCUCGGAUUUCCUCCCAUCCCGGCCUCAGGAGAAGAGAAUGACAGGAGGAAAAGAUGGAGCAGGAGGAGGAGGAGACGAUACUCGUAAGGAGAGCAUGGUGGCCCCAGUCAAAGCUGUCUUCUUCUCAACGCCCACUCUGCCAGUUGACACAGGUCAGAAAUGUCUUAGGAGGGAGAAGCGCUUCUUUAGGAAGAGUGUUGAGAUCUGUGAGGAGGAGGAUGAGGUGGUUCUGCCAGAAGCCCCCCACAGCGCACCCCACCUGGAACUGCGCUCCUUUGACCCUGUCUUCACAACUAAUGUCCCGCAGCAAGGGGCUGUGUCUUGCGCUGCCCUGGGCCACAAUCCAUCCUGCCCCAGCGGCCAGGAGCUUGGCAGGGGGGGGCCUCCUUCCUCACCCAACUUAAAGGGGAAGGAGAGGGACCGUGAGCUGGAGGAGGAGGCCGAGAUGAAGGCUGUGGCCACUUCUCCUGGAGGCAGGUUCCUCAAGUUUGACAUUGAACUGGGCAGAGGAGCCUUCAAGACUGUGUACAAAGGCCUGGACACCGAGACCUGGGUAGAGGUGGCUUGGUGUGAGCUUCAGGACCGCAAGCUGACCAAGGCUGAGCAGCAGCGCUUCAAGGAAGAAGCAGAGAUGCUGAAGGGGCUCCAACACCCAAACAUUGUGCGCUUUUAUGACUCCUGGGAGUCUGUAUUCCGCGGCAAGAAGUGCAUUGUACUGGUUACGGAACUCAUGACCUCAGGAACCCUCAAAACUUACCUAAAGCGCUUCAAGGUAAUGAAGCCUAAAGUCCUGAGAAGCUGGUGUCGGCAAAUUUUGAAGGGCCUUCAUUUCCUUCACACCAGAACCCCUCCCAUAGUGCAUAGAGACCUCAAGUGUGACAACAUCUUCAUCACAGGCCCCACUGGGUCUGUAAAAAUAGGUGAUCUGGGACUUGCCACCCUCAUGAGGACCUCAUUCGCCAAGAGCGUCAUAGGAACCCCAGAGUUCAUGGCUCCAGAGAUGUACGAGGAACACUAUGACGAGUCUGUGGACGUCUACGCCUUUGGGAUGUGCAUGCUGGAGAUGGCUACCUCCGAAUAUCCGUACUCUGAGUGUCAAAACGCUGCUCAGAUUUAUCGCAAAGUCACAAGUGGUAUAAAACCAGCCAGCUUUGAUAAAGUGAAUGACCCUGAGAUUAAAGAGAUCAUUGAAGGUUGUAUUCGACAGACUAAGAGUCAGAGACUUUCCAUCCGGGACCUCCUAAACCACGCGUUCUUUGGGGAGGACACGGGUGUCCGAGUGGAGCUAGCAGAGGAAGACACAGGCACCCAGGAGUGUUUGGCUCUUAGGAUUUGGGUCGAGGAGCCCAAAAAGCUGAAAGGGAAACACAAAGACAAUGAGGCCAUCGAGUUUAGCUAUGACCUGGAGAACGACAGCGCUGAGGAAGUGGCUCUGGAGAUGGUAAAGUCCGGCUUUUUCCAUGAGAGUGAUGCCAAGGUGGUGGGGAAAUCCAUUCGAGACAGAGUGACUCUAAUAAAAAAGUCACGGGAGCGACGACAGCAGCAGCUGCUCCAACAGCACCAAGGCUUUGAAGAAAGACGGGACUCCACUCUAACAUUCUGUACAAAUCCAUCCUGCCCGUCUUCCAUGGGGCCAACACCUGUACUGACUGGUGGAGGUGGUGCAGAGGAAUCUGAGGACCUAUCUGAAUUGAACCAUCAUGUCAGGCUGCAGAAUGUUGUCAGGGGGGGGACACUAUGCCUGCCAGGGGAGAGCAUUCGGUCUGCCAACUGUGAAUCUUAUGCUAGCGGACAUUCAAACUCACAGCCAGGGGAAUCAUUCGCCCUUGCUCAGACUUCUCAGCCCAUGACUACAUCUUGCACAGGAACACUGACAAAUCCUCUGAGGGUCCCAUCUGGUGAAGUUGGAGGUGUUCCAAGUGUCCCCGUUGGCCACAGUGUCAGUCUGGCCAGCAUGUCCAUCGGUCAAAGCGGAAGGCCAUCUGUUGGUCAGACGUUUCUUCAGCCCACCACCAUAGUUCCACAGGUAUCACCAAGUAUACCUCAGCAAUAUUUUCAGUCACAAACAUUCCCAUCAGAAGCAUUUCAAUCUGUCACACCUCUCGGGUUGUUGGCCCCUACACCGUCAUACAUUACCCCCGUUUGCCCACAAGUUCUCACCUCAUCCAUGUCCCUCAGUGAUCCUGCUGGGCUCGCAGUGACCAUUGUCCCCCCCAUUCAGCAGCCCCAGGCCACUCCCAUGCAGCAUACUGACAUCUUUCGCCAGCCAGCACCCCAGCAAACACAACCUGUCAUGAUCCCUCCGCAGACUAUCGUUCAACAACAGAUAGGGGUCCAGACAUCCUGCCUUCAGCAGCAGCAGAUGGACAUCCAGGUUGCUUUGGCAGAGCAACAUGUUAGUGCCACUCAGCCUCCAAUAGGACAGCGUCAACAGAGCCUGACAGCUAUUGCUGUCCACAAACAUCAAAAUGAGCCUCUGCAGCAGGUCUUUGUACAGCAGACCCUUCCACUAACUUCACAGGAGCAAGCGGCAUUAGCAGGAACGGAGCAGCAGGUUUUGGCAUUACCACAGCCAGGACAACAUUCUCAACAAACUAGGGAGCAGGCCAUCAUACAAACCCAACAGCAAGAACAGCAGAGUUUGCUACACUUGCAGCAGCAGCAAGCUUACAUGCCAUUUGAUCAGCAACAAGCCCAACUACAACAGCAGCAACUAGAGCGGAAGCAAGCCCUUGUACACAACCAAUUAUUGGAUCAGCAACAAGUUCUUAUUCAACAACAUCAGCAGCAUCAAGCUCUGCCACAACAUGCACCUUUACAACAGCAUUUAGAGCAGCAGAAAGCAGUGUAUCAACAAAACCAGGCAGGAAUACGAGAAGAUCCAUUGAUGCAACAGCAAACUAGACAACAAGAAACUGUGGUGCAUCAACAGCCCCAGCAGGCUCAACAGCAAGCUCUCAUACAACAGCAUUUGCAGCAACAGCUUGUCUUACAACAGCACCAAAUACAGCAGAUGCAGCAACAAAUCAACCAACAAGCUCGACUGCAACAGCAACAAGAUGUUCUACCAGAGCAACAGGUUCUAUUACAAAAACAGAUCCAAGAGCAUCAACAACACCAUGCGGCCAUUGUUCAACUUAAUCAAAUUGAAAAACAAGAGGCUGCUCCGAUUCCUCAAAAUAGCAGUGAACAGCAAAUACCAGUGAAACAAUCAGAUUUAUAUCAGACAUGCACCACCCAACUAAACAACACUCAGUUCAUACCCCAUACCCCUCCUACAAUGAAACAGGUACAACAGCAAGCUGCACUGACCCUGCAGGAGCAGGUGCAAGCUGCUCAGCCUGAGCAUGAUACUACAGCUGCAGUGAAUCCUCAUAUCCCAACUGGAGCUGAAACCAUUCAGCAUCAAACUCCUAUUUCUUCCCAAGCCCCGGUUCCCAUGGUUGUACAACCCGCUCAUUUUACUGUCCUGAUUCCAGCUCAAACCUUCUCCCAGCAAGGACAAAGUGAAGCUUGUACCCAUAACAGAAUCCAGGUACCAGUCCAGUUUGUAAGCCAAUCUGCAACUCAAGCAGUGCAAACCAUGAUUGAUGUCACUCCUAUAGAUGGAACUAUCCAAGGGCAGGCCCAAGUAGUCAUCCAAGCCCAAAAGCCUCAGACUGGUUAUUCUGAAAUGACUUCUAAUGUGAAUCAAGGGUCUGCUCAGACAUUCAUUCAGGCUCAGGCGUCCCAGCCAGUAGUUAGCCAGUCACAACAAGCCAACGAUAACAAAAACUCAACUGCUGACACUCAUAUCAUAUCUGCUCUUCAACUUCCAGCUGCAACAAAUGCUAGUCAUGUACAGCAUGAGAAUGUUGUUCACCAUAAUGUUCAAAUACCAGGAGUAUUGAAGGCUCAGCUUCAGCAACAAACUCAAAAUCAUCCCCAUAUCCAGAUGCAAAGUCACACUGCCGCAGCCCUCUUGACCUCUCAGUAUGGCCCUCAGUCCACCAACCAAUCCCCACCAUUUUUACAGCAGGCAAUUGCUAUGCAACAGCCAGUGCUGCAGUAUCAGCAGGUGGUUAUGGCCCCUGGCUCAACUAGAAAUGUUGGAAGCAACACAGCCAGUCUCAAUUCCAUGGUAGAUCCUGCAAGCAUUGUUACCACAGCAGUCAAUAUUCCAGUGUCACAUCCAGUGGUCGUGGCCCAGCAGCAACCUUUAGGAAGUAACACGGUAAACUCCGUAAUUCAACCAAUCUCCCAGGCACAGUUACUAAUGCUUUCUCAAACUCAACAACUACCAACCAUAUCACCUCAAAAGCAACAAUUGCCUUCACUAAUCCAGUUACCAGUGGAACCCAUUUUGGCCCCAGGUCAUCAAACAUGUCCUCUCAGUCAGGCUUUGAUUCCCAGGGAAGAGACUGAGCUGCCAGCACAACAAUGUCAGCCUGCUUCACAUCCACAAACCCAUCCUGACGCACAGAUAGCCCCGAGGAAUGUGGCCGAUCAUCACUCACAGAGCAGAAUCCCACCCAACAGUGGAGUGACAGGCAGUGUACCUUCCCCUCAGCACCAGGCCAAGCACACAUUGCCAGCGCACACUCACACACAAACCAGCAUUCAGGCCCAAUCACACUCACAUACACAGACACGCAUUCAAACGCAGGCUGAUUCACACACGCAGACCGCAGCUGCAGAACAGCCUGUUCUUCCUCAAGCUGUCUUUCCUGCACACCAAAUUCCCCUGAGCCCCUCUCACACCUCGUCUCUCCCAUCAUCACUACCAUUCCACCAUCCUGCUGCUACCCCUGCGCCAGAGCUGCCAACAUCUGCACCAGCAGCCCAGGUCACCUUACCAGGGCAGGCCAACUUUCUACAUACCUCCCCUUUGCCUGCCGCCACUCUAGAGCUGCUUAUUUGUCAUGCCCCCAAACUGUCCCAAGCCUCGCUGCAAGACCGUGACCUUUCCCUGCUGGGCAUUUCUCAGGAAUGUCUACACCUGUCAAAUACAGAACAUCCUUCCUCAAUUGGGUCUUUGCCAACAAAUGGAGACGAAGCUGUUAUGCACUUGACCAAUGGCAAAUUAGAAAAAGUAAAGACCCAAAGGCGGGCUUCUUCUCUGAGACAUGACAACAUUUUACAUCAGUUUCAACUUACUAUGCUCCAGGUGUCAGGCAGCGGGGACAAUAUGGUGGAAUGCCAGUUGGAGACUCAUAGCAACAAAAUGGUGACAUUUAAAUUUGAUAUUGAGGGGGAUGCACCGGAGGACAUAGCAGAUUAUAUGGUGGAGGAAGUCUUUGUCCUCGAUGUGGAAAAAGAGACGUUUGUCAAUGAGCUAAAAGCCAUAGUUGAAAAAGCCCAGGACAUUCUUCAAACACAUACUGGAUCUUCUGACCAAUUGCAAGUCAACACUCCCACUAGUUCUACAUCUGACUCACAGCCACAUUCAUCUCCGGUGGGGCGUUGGCGCUUCUUUAUCAACCAGACCAUUCGCCACAGAGACUCUCUCUCUAGCCAAGGAGCAGCCACCACGCCACCCAAUGCAGAAUCAAGGACACUCCCACCCUCUCGAACAGAUAAAGAAAAUGAAGAAUCCCAGAGUCAAGAAUCCUGUGGGAUGUCCUCCCCUCCUUACCCCACUUUACCCAUCGUCUCCACUGCUUUAACCGCUGUCUCCAUUGCCCCCACUACUACGCAGACUCCUUAUGCAACUGUAUCUCAAAGCAUUUCUGCACCAGCCUCCUCUCUUGAACCCCCCAGCCCUCAAAACAUUUCAAGUGGUCUUGAGGUGCCCAUCCUCACCUCAACUUCUGCUGACCAAAGGCUCAGUACUCCGUUAUCCACAGCGACAUCUAGUGCUACCAACAUUACCACAUUUCCCACAAUGCCCCCUGCUGCUAUGGCUGGGCCUCUACCAGCCUCUACUAUUCAGACAGAUGUAACAGUAAGCCACAUUGAUUUGGAGCAUCUGCAGCAGACACAAGCACCGGGAGCCAAAUCAGCUGCACAAAACCCACAGCUUGAACCGGUACAACAGCAGACUGUGGUAGGACAACAACAAUCCCAAGCAUUGCAUCUGGGGCAACAGGCCAUGCAUAAUCUACAGGCAAAACCACCACAGCAGCAGAUACAAGAUCAAUUGUACCAAGAGCAAAUUCAGAAAGUGCAUCAGCAAACAUCACAGAGUACUCCACAAGCGCUGCAGCAGUGUCAGAUACAAAAGCAAGCUGCUACUGUGCCUGUACAACAGCAACAAUUAAACAUGCAGCAAACAGUAGACAUACAGCAGCAGCAAAUGAUGCUACAGCAGCAACAACAGCUGAUCAUGGGCAGCCCUGCCUUUAUGUCGGAUCCAAGCCAAAUGUUGCCCCCGCCAGCGAGUCAACAGUUUCUUCAGGCACAACAAAAUAAUAACAACAUGGCGCAACAGCAUGUUCUACAACAAACCCCGAUGCCUGCCCAUGUGUCACAACAGCACUGUCAGACACAAAACCCAGAGCAACAGGAAGUGGUAAGAGACAUGCCUCAUAAACAACAUCCACUUCCCAAACAAUUGUCUUUACAGCACUCAGAGUCAGAGGUGUCCACUGAAGAGACGAACGUCAUAGAGGACACAGGCAGCUGCCCUGUGUCAGGUCACCCUUCCUCAGACUCUUCUUUGCCACCACUUCAUUUGGGAUCUACCGAAGCCUCUUUCCCUCCACUCUCCCUCACGCUCAGCCCGUCCCCUGCUCAGCCGUCUUCUGUGGCUGAGUCAGACAGCGAAGGUCCCCCUAAAAUAGAAUUUGGUGACAAUCGGAUAAAGACGCUGGAUGAAAAGCUGAGGAACUUGUUGUAUCAAGAGCACAGCAGCGGGACGGCUCAAGCCGGGGUAGCUGCAUCCGCCCCAGCAUCAACAUCAGCUGCCUCCACAUCCGCAGGUGGAGAUGAGUCAUCUGAGCCGCUGCCAUCAUCUUUCCUCCAACCAGCUUCUAUCUCAGAUACGUCUCCCCAGUCCUCAUCCUCCACUACCUCUUCCACCACCUCCCGUUCUUCCUCCACCACCCCUGAGCCAGAGAGUUGUGGAGGAGCAGAGGAAGCCUCCUCAGAAGUGCUCAACUCAGCAGAGCAGCAACCUGGCCCAUCUCACCUGUACACCUCCACCAACACACUGCCCCCCACCUCUUUUCCCCCUGUCUGUCAGGAUGUCUCUGCAGCGGCCCAGCGCCCUCCCGUGCCAGGAGAACCAACCAUCCUGGCUGUUCCCCCACACUCUGACACCAGCACCACUGGAGAAGCAUCGCAGCUCUCCCUCCGUCAGCAACCGAUUCCCCUCGGGCUCGGACCGCAGCAGCAUAAUGCAGGAGGUGGAUAUUUUGGCCUAAACCUGACAUGUCCUAGUAUCAGAAAUCCUGUUAGCAAGAAAUCCUGGACUCGCAAAUUCAAAAACUGGGCAUGCAAACUGCGCCAUUCCGCCAGCUUGUUCAAGAAGCCCAGAGUCCAGCAAGAGGGACGAUCCAUCAGUCAGUCGGUCAAAGAGGAGAAAGAGGUGACCCUACAUCCAUCACAGUCACGCAGAGGACGAUUUCAAGUGACCCUAGUGCCUCAGUCCUCUCCCCCAAAAGAUGCAACAUCAGCAGUCCACGGCAGCACCCGCAGAAAAGUUGGACGCUUCUCUGUAACAAAGGCUGAGACCCAGGAGGAAGACAACCAGAGUCACAGCUCCCCAGUGCCUCCUGUCGUGAUCAGGGAGAGGAGGCGGUCUCGGACGAAGGAUGCUGACAAAGAUGAGAGCAAGAGGACUCCAAGGACGGCCCAUCUUUCUCGAUGUCAUGAGCAUAGCUACUCCCCAGUGGGCAGCAGUGAGGACGAUAAUGAUGAAAGUGAGUUGGAGGAUGACAACUUGAGAAGAGAACUGCACAAGCUUAGAAAGAAGCACAUCAAGGAAGUGGUGUCGCUUCAGGCCCAGCAGAACCAAGAGCUCCAAGAACUGUGCAGACAGCUGCGCUCCCAAAAAGAUCAGAGGCAAAGUCUGCCUGCUUGCCUGUCUCGUACACCUGCUCUUCCCACAGCGCCCCCAGUCCUCUCACCUCGUAGGCCGAGGCCGGCUAAAACUAAAUUGCGGCCCCGACCUCACUCUCACAUGGACAACAAUGGAGUCACUUAUGGUGGAUUCCAACAGUCCAGUAUUUUUUCGAGUUCCGAGCAGAGUGGAAUUCCCCCUCAUUUUAGUUUAGAGCAUCGCUCCUCACUGUCUACUAAAAGAGAUCCAAGCCCUACAAGGAAAAGCACAUUCACUGACGAACUGCACAAACUGGUUGAUAAUUGGACAAAGGAGACGAUUAGCCAAACCCUGUCCAAGCCUUCUCUCAAUCAGAUCAAGCAGAUUCAGCAGGUGCAAGAGUUGGAAGGCUGGACCCAGCCAAUUGAGGUGGCUCCUCCGGGUUGGUUUCCAUCGGUACCACUAAAUCCACAGGCCACUCCGGCUGCUGCCAGCUUGCCGGUGGCCGCCCCUCCCCACAGCACAGGUGGGGGCAGCCUGUCUAUCUUUCCCGAAGCGCUGCAAACGCACACGGCUCAAGUGCCACAGAUGCAGGCAGGUUCACACCAUCAGCAGACGACCUUGCAGCACGUACAGCAACAUCCCGUACAGUCCACACAGCUGCCCAGCUCGUCACCUCAAAGCCAACCGCCACUGCCUUCCCAAAAGUCCAUUUCUCCGGCACCCACUGCCGCGUCAGUGCCGCCGGAAGGUGGUCCCGCCGCACCCGCAGAUAGCAGCGUUGCCAGUGGGGGUGCACUUUGCUCCUGUUCCUCCUCAUCGUCGACCUGUUGCUCCUCAUCUUCCUGUUCUAAAGCUGCUCUACCUUCCAGUGCCAAAAAUCACCCAACGCCCCCCACCUCCGCUCUUCCUCUGGGAAAAAAAUGAAACUAAUCUCGAGGUAAAUACAAAGCCGCAAGAGAAGUAUUAGACGUGCGUGGGCAUGAAGAAGGUGAUGACGAAAUGCAGGGAAUGUUUGUGAGAAAUGAUUGAUUCUGGCAUGUAGGCGACAUUGAACGCAGCACCUGAGCUUUGUGAAUAAUGGUCCGUGUGGGUCUUGAGAUGUACAAGUUCUUUAACGUAUGUAUGUACUGUGUGUUUGUGUCUGUGUGCCUGAGUAUUUGUACUACAUAUCCCCCGACAAACUUUUGCUCUUCAGAACAUCACCGUCAGACCGGAGCUUUGACGAUGUGUUCAUAUCUUCUCCGUUUGUUUCAAUUUGUCAGCGCUCGUGGUGAAAGGACUAUCAAUUUAAAAAGUGCAAUUAAUAAUGAUCAUUGGAAUUGAUCAGCAUGUAUCCUAAUGAAUUGUCUGUUAGUCAUAAACUAUUUUUGUAUUGAUGAAGCUCAUUGAGGAUCUUUUGAACACAGCACAAGCUGCUUCGACCGGGCCAAGAAGAAGCAUUAAAACAACUAUCUGAUUACUUCAUUUCAACUCCCAAAACAUAAGAUGAAGGAUUUCUCCAGCUCGAAUGAACCCAAAAGAACAAUCUCAGUACACUUCCAAUAACACCAUUAUUAAUGUUACUUUAGGUGCUAAUAGCUGCUUUUUGUAUUCAAUAAGUUAUUUUUAAUCUCAAUUGCCUUACCUUUGUUUUAUCACAGUGGAGGAAAAAAAUUAUUAGCUCACCAUUAUUAUUCAGUCCAUCCAGGAUUCGCCAUCUUUGUUUGUGAUUGUUACGGCCUAAAAAGCAUGAAUUUGCGGCAUCGUUUUCAGAAAGUUGUAAUGUUUUCAAGCUCCUUUUUUUUUUCCAAUAACAAUGAAUCAACUUGUGUUUUUAUGAAAUUUUUGUCAAUACUGUAAAUGUUCCUGUAACUUUAACCUCAAAAAGCACAGGGUUGCAAAAAAGAUUGGAAAACAAAUACUGUAUUGAUGUUUUACUCACUUUAUUCCACACAUACUUAAAAGUAGACAGUAAAACACAUCCUCAGAGCUUGUUGUCAAAUUACUGUACUGUUUUAAAUAUUUAUAACUGAUUAUAUUAGUCAUAGUUAUAGAACAAAACACCAGAAAGGGCUAUGGUAUUGUGUCUGUUCUGUCGUUCACAAGUAGACAUUCUCCAUGUAUGUUUUACGCUGAAAACCCCCCCAAAAUGCUUUACGCUUAAACAUGCAUUUUUGUUCCCCACAUGUUAUAACCUUUUGUGAACUGCUGAGAGCAAUCUAUCGCGAUCAUUUUUGUUGACAAAUGAGAGACGAUGAGAGAUUAUCAUCACACUUAAGCAUCUCCGUCAUGUAAAAGCUGUCUGUUUGCUAGGUUAGCAUUGCAAAUGAGAAUCUGUUCUUGUCUUACCCUGGAUAAAUAAAUGUUAAAUAUAUAUAUGUUUAUAAAUACAUAUAAACUAGUAAGUAACACCGGUGUGUUGCUUAUCGUUUAUAUACUACAUUACCCAGAAGGCUAAAUGCCGUUGCAAGGAACCAGAAAUGAAUCUGAUAUGCAGUGUUGCCAACUUGGCUCCUUUGUGGCUAAAUCUGGCGACUUUCCAAAUCCUCUGGGUGACUUUUUUUGUAAACAGCUUCAAGCGACAAAUUGAGCAUACUUUUUUGGAUGUUUUGGAGACAUGAAAGCAUGCAUCCCUCCACAAUUAAUGCCCUCUACGAGGAGCGGGUGCUGCCGUGAAUCCCUCCCCUACAGGCGGUCAGGUUUUAGAGUCGCCUCGCGGAGCAGUCCCAGCUGCAGUUAGACCAGUGCUUCUCAAAUAUUUUCUGAUACGCCCCCCCAGGAAGAAGAAAAUAUUUUGCGGCCCUUCCACUCUCUUCCGUGACUAUAAAUAGUAUCAUGGGUUUAUGAAAACUGUUACAACUAUACCUCUACAUUACAUUGUAAGCUUAUUAACAUUAAAGGAAACAACACACCAGUCAUUCCUCGUCUUCCCCCCUGGUUACAGUGAAGGCAAGUGCUACAUCCAUCCAUCCAUUUUCUACCGCUUGUCCCUGGAGCCCAUCUCAGCUGCAUUCGGGCGGAAGGCGGGGUACACGCUGGACAAGUCGCCACCUCAUUGCAGCAAGUGCUACAUACGCUUCAUCAUAUUUUGGUAGAGCUAAAAAAGCAUGUUCCCCAAGGUCACACGCGAUGCCUUUUCGCGUCCAGACUGCAAAUAAAAUACUCAAAUGCAAAGCUGCUGCUUUUUCCGCCUAGGUCUACAGAGGAGAUGUAAAUGUUUAUUCACUGAUACGCUGAUUUUAAAUCACUACAAAGUACUAUUUCAUGCCAAGAAGCAAGCCAGCUAAUAGAUUCAGUUUGUCCGUGAAUGUCACAACAAUACAGUUUUUUGGUCAAAUGUAAUACUUAAAUAUUGAACAAUGCAGGACAAAUAGAUCUUAAUUUAAAGUUCAUUAGCGGUUCUAAUCAUACUUAGCGUUUUUUUGAGUAUUUUUUUUUUGUCUUUCCUAAGAUGUUAUUUCUCUCUCCUACAGCAUCCAUUGCAAUGUAUUAUGCAAAUGAGGUGGUGACGUCAUCUAUCGAUUACUAGCGCCUUUUAGGGGAAACAGCCAUUAGCUGUUUCCCUUACUGAAGAGUUGGCAACACUGCUGAAACGCGGGAGCAAAUCAGAGUUGAUAUUUCGUUAUACGUUGUUUGUUGUUCCUGCUUCGUCUACACCAGAAACCAACGCAAGUUUUGAUCCGAUAGUUGAUGUGUGCAUUUUAGUGCUGGUCAGAGGCAAAUUUGAUUGGAGAAUAAAUGCGCUGAUUUGCCAAAAUGUGCGGGGAAGUUGUUAAAUUUGCGUGAAUCGGCACGAUUGCGACAUCCUGGAGGGACUGAAUGUAUGGACCAGUGGCUCUCAAACAUUUUUCACCAAGUACCACUGCAGAAAACACUUGGCUCUUCAAGUACCACCAUAACGACCAAUAUUAAAUACGGUAGCGUAGUAGGCCUAAAUACUCUUGAAAACAAGGCAGACGUAUUAUUUAAGAAGAAUAUUUAACAUUGGCCACUGUAACAUUAGUUUAGUUUUUUUGUAGUCAAAAAAUAAACAAAAACUAUUUUUUAAUAUUUAUUGAUUCUUUGGCUUACCACUAGAUGCAGACAGCGUACCACUAAUGGUCACUGAUAGCAUCAAUGAUAUAGACCAGUGGUACCAAUUGGUACAUGGACCGGUACCGGGCCGCGGCCCGGUGGUUGGGGACCACUGAUAUAGACCACUGGUCCACAACAACCGGUCUGAGGACCGGUACCAGUUUGUGGCGCAUUUGCUACUGGGCCGCACAGAAACAAUAAUUCAUUUAUAAACUUCUGCAUUUUCUCCAACUUAACUUUUGCCUGUCCCACUAAACACACCAAUAAGCUUAUUAAUAGAUGUAUAUUACAACUCCUUUGUUAUAGUACAUGGGUCAAUGAACAUUAAUGGACAUAUAAAAUGUUAAUGUGUCAGAUGGUAGCCAAAGGCACAUUUUUAGUCCUCUUUUUUUGCUGUUUUUAUCUGCCGGUCCGUGACAAUAAUGCAUAAACCAGGGGUCACCAACGCGGUGCCCGCGGGCACCAGGUAGCCCGUUAGAACCAGAUGAGUAGCCCGCUGGCCUGUUCUAGAAAUAGCUCAAAUAGCAGCACUUACCAGUGAGCUGCCUCUAUUUUUUAAAUUGUAUUUAUUUACUAGCAAGCUGGUCUCGCUUUGCCCGACAUUUUUAAUUCUAAGAGAGACAAAACUCAAAUAGAAUCUGAAAAUCCAAGAAAAUAUUUUAAAGACUUGGUCUUCACUUGUUUAAAUAAAUUCAUAAUUUUUUUUUACUUUGCUUCUUAUAACUUUCAGAAAGACAAUUUUAGAGGAAAAAAUACAACCCUAAAAAUGAUUUUAGGAUUUUUAAACACAUAUACCUUUUUACCUUUUAAAUUCCUUCCUCUUCUUUCCUGACAAUUUAAAUCAAUGUAAAAAAAAAUGUUUUUAUUGUAAAGAAUAAUAAAUACAUUUUAAUUAGCUUCUGUUUUUUUUGACGAAGAAUAUUUGUGAAAUAUUUCUUCAAACUUAUUAUAAUUAAAAUUCAAAAAAAUUAUUCUGGCAAAUCUAGAAAAUCUGUAGAAUCAAAUUUAAAUCGUAUUUCAAAGUCUUUUGAAUUUCUUUUAAAAUUUUUGCUCUAGAAAAUCUAGAAGAAAUAAUGAUUUGUCUUUGUUAGAAAUAUAGCUUGGUCCAAUUUGUUAUAUAUUCUAACAAAGUGCAGAUUGGAUUUUAACCUAUGUAAAACAUGUCAUCAAAAUUCUAAAAUUAAUCUUAACCAGGAAAAAUUACUAAUGAUGUUCCAUAAAUUAUUUUUUUUAUUUUUUCAAAAAGAUUCGAAUUAGCUAGUUGUUCUCUUCUUUUUUUCGGUUGAAUUUUGAAUUUUAAAGAGUCGAAAUUGAAGAUAAACUAUGUUUCAAAAUGUAAUUGUCAUUUUUUUCGUGUUUUCUCCUCUUUUAAACCGUUCAAUUAAGUGUAAAUAUCAUUAAUUAUUAAUAAUAACAGAGUUAAAGGUAAAUGGAGCAAUGUGGCUAUUUCUGGCCAUUUAUGUAAGUGUGUAUCAAACUGGUAGCCCUUCGCAUUAAUCAGUACCCAAGAAGUAACUCUUGGUUUCAAAAAGGUUGGUGACCCCUGGCAUAAAUUAAACCGGUCCCUGAUGGGAAAAAGGUUGGGGAUCCCUGAUAUAGACAUCCAAACAUUACUUUGUUAUGCUAUCAAUAGUGUGUGCAUGACAUGUUUAUUUAGUUGUUUUUAUGUUGGGAGUUGUGUGAUUACAGCAAUUGCACUAAUAAGUAUGCCUGCACAAAGGCAUUUGAACUCUUCACUGUGGCUAAAUAAGGCAGCCCCAAAUAUUAAAACAGUUGAUGUCGUGCCGGUCGACACCACUGAUGAACCACAACCAUAGAUAAACAUCACUAGUAUAUAACACAGCCCACGUAUGUGAUUAAGUCAUCCCUUACGACCAAACUAUUUGUCUUCUCUGUGUAACUUGUGGUGUUGUGCUUAGGAAUAGAGUGAAAAACAACUGCCAAGUUAUUAUGAACCGGGUGUGCCCAUAUUGCCUUUUGAAAUCUCUGCAUUUUUUCCGUGUGUACAAGAGGUUUUUCUAUACAUAUAUGUGUGACGGAUUCACGUUAGAUUACAUUUUUGGAUCGUAACUCUUUCAAAAACUCAACCAAUUGAAACAAUGAAAAAAACACUUUUUUUUUUUUUCUUUUCUUCCAGUUAAGUAAACAUACAUUGUGAUGAUUUGAUGUUUACUUGACCGCAAACUGUCAAAAAAUGAACUGUGCUGAAUGAAACCUGCAAAAGAUUAAAAACAUCCAUCUAUUUGACUUCUGCGUUACAGUAAGCAGCGAUAUACCGUGAUUUAGCCAACAUGUUUGCAGUAAAAACUUCUUCCAUGGAACACGAAUGGUCAAGUAGAAAUAUUUACUUUUGACAUCAUGUAUUAUACAACAAUGGUUUACUGUAUGUGUUUCAUUCUAGAAGGUCAGAUCCUUUGCUGUCAUGUCUGAUACUAACAUGUUGACCACAAGCUGUACAAAACAGCUUCAUUGUCAUGUUUCAUGAUCUGGAGAAGCCGUCGUGUUACCAAAAUGUUCUCUAAAAAAAAAAAAAAGACUAUUUUUGUAUUCUCAAAGGGGGAUGGUAAAUUGUAAAAUAUUACACUGCCCAUAAUGAAUAAGGUUUUAUGAACCUAAAAGUGACUGGUUCUCAUGCUUGUCUCCACGGGACUUAUAUUCUAAUACCUCUUUGAGUCUUCCCUGACUCGUUUUAGGACUAUUGAUCUUUAUUUCUGUUAAUACGUUAAAAAAAAAAAGGCUCCUAGGGCUUUAUUAAACUUACAAAUGGAUGCAAACAGUUAAGUGAGUUCCUUUAAGGCAUGACUGAGAACCAACCAAAUCCUAAAAUUACAAAAUAUGUUGCAGGUGAUUGACCUUCUGUAAAUUGUACAAAAUCAACUAUUUGAUCUAUUUAUGUUUUGUAACUAAUCAAAAUAAAUGAUGUCAAACAUCACACACUUGUGACGUU